GCAAAAUUCUCUUUCUUCUUCAUUUUCACCUCAUGCCUCACUCGCCUCACAUCCUUUCCCUCUCUGACACAGCGCUGGACUCUCGUACUUGCCUCUCCCCGGUACCCAGUCUUGUAAAAUAAGCGCCUAUUAUAUUGGUCCUCAAUCUAUUUGGUAUUGGUGCUGGUGCUGGUGCUGGUUUUGGCUUUGGCUCUGGUGCUGGUUCGGGUUCUGGCUGCGGUUCUGGCUCUGGCUCUGGCUGUGGUUCUGGCUCUGCUCUUGCUCUUGGUCUUGCGUCUUCUCCCGGUCCUCUCGUACGAAGUCGCAGUACACGCUUCUUAGUCUCUCUCCAGCACAACCCACCCAUUCGACGUAACUUUCGUCCACGCAUCAUCACAUCAUAUAGACAUUUAUACCCAGAUCUCGAGAUCUCUCCCAGAAAGAAGGGAGCGCGGCGGAAAGAGAAGAAAAGAAAGAAAGAAAGAAAGAAAGAAAAAAAAAAGAACAGGAAAAACACCACCCAAAACCCCAUUCAGGCAUAAGCAACGAAGACGCCUAUUUUAUUUGAUUUUAUUUGAUUUUAUUCCUUUCAUCGAUUUAGUAAUUUUGUUUGUUUAUAGUACCCUUCUCAAACUUCUCCUUCCUUGAACCUCUUUUUUAUACAUUUUAUAUACCUUCUUGGGUAAUUCUUGAUUCAUUAUCCCCCCUCCCCCCUUCCCCCCUCUCUUUCCACCACUCGCCAUUUAUUCAUUUAUUCAUACUUCUCUCGCAAGAUACCAUCAUUCGCCGCUACUUGAUAUUUUAUAUCAUCGAGCCAUACCACACACUCCAGUCCAGUCCAUCCCAAUACCUACCACACAUGCGUACAUCUUCGAUACUCAAUUUCCAAUACCCGACUACCCAUUCAAAGUCUCUUCUGUUUUUCAAUUAGCGCUCGCCCAUCCACGCAUGAAUCGAUUGAAUCGAAUGAAUCGCAUCUGUCGCCUCGAUCGCAUCUAUCCUGCUCUUCUUUUUACCCAUCCAUCCUGUCCACCUUUUUAUACCGUCCUAGAAUUACACCAACAUCGAUUUCUCUCCGCCGCAAGCUCUCGUCUUCCCAUUACUCCACCGUGGAAAUAAAUUCUUUCCUACGUUCACACCAACAUUCACGACCCACUGCUGAGGUACUCCUCCACCGUCCAACCACCCUGCCAUUCUCCAAUUCUCCGAAGCAGGUAUACUUCCAUACUUCUCAAACAUUUGCCUGCCCUAAGGUUGCCCCUCCACCAGUCACAUCCACACACCACCGUCGAUCUCGCAUGGCACCUAGGAAUAUUUAUGAGAAUACUAUGUUUUAGGCCCCGCAUGAAUUUCUGGCUAUUACGGAUGUGAAGUAACGCAUUGCAGAAAGAGCAGCAGUCCAAGUAUCUUGAUCGAGAUCAAUCUUUUCAUCUGAUCCCGCUUUCAGAAAGCUCUGUCACUCAACCAAGUAUCCCAUCAAAAUCCCAUCUUCCUAGACCUCGACACUUCGAGUCACAUUCGCAUUUGUCUUCGUAUCUCAACAGUCAGCCUUCAAUCCACGGAAACUAUAUGACAAAGACGGGAGAGUGGACAAACCUUCAUGGUCACCAUUGCAUCUGAACCUGACUCCUCCGACAACUUUCUCUACCCUCAAUCGCUUUAUGAAGGAACCGGAUAUUGGCAUUACAAAGAGAGAUUACAUCUCAGCAACCUUCCGAGAGAUUCAAUAUAAAUCACAGCCCCGGAGCUAAAUAGAAAUUCACACGAAAGUCCGCAAUUUGAAACAAAUAGAAUUCUUCGUCACAGGUGAAAAGGGCAUCUUAUCGUAGGACAUUGGAAAAAACUCCCACUAACAUUUCUGGACACAAAGAUCCAGAGGCAGCCUGCUGUAUGACGACCGAGUUGUCGGAAAUCUUUGCGGAGUUGGGCAUCUCUCAUUACCUCCUCAACUUCGUCGAACAGGGGUUUGACACAUGGGAUACAAUACUCGACAUCACGGAAUCUGACUUCGAUGCUCUCGGCGUGAAACUCGGCCAUCGUCGGAGACUGCAGAGGAAGAUCGCUAAUUCAAGGGGUCUGUCAUCAGAUAGAGCUCUUGCAUCUCCGACUAGCACAACGCCCGAUAAUCAUGGAGAUGAACCGAAAGCGGGUGCGAGAGAUGCUAAGGAGGGGAGUAGCGGGCCACAUGGAGCAAAGAGAAAGUACAGAAGACAUCCCAAACCAGACGAGAGUGCACCAGAGCGGCCUCCUUCGGCAUAUGUCAUAUUUUCAAACAAAAUGCGCGAGGAUUUGAAAGGACGUGCCUUGUCGUUCACUGAGAUCGCCAAGUUGGUCGGCGAAAAUUGGCAGAAUUUAUCGCCAAGCGAGAAGGAACCAUAUGAGCACCAGGCAUACACAGCAAAAGAGCGUUACAACAAUGAAUUGGCCGAAUACAAGAAGACGCAAAGUUUCAAGGAUUAUUCGCAGUACCUCGCCGACUUUAAGCAAAAGCAAAACCAACAAUUAGCAACGGAGAUGGAUGUUUCGAAAAGACCCAAACUCGAAGCCCAUGCGAGUACAGCAAGCAGCGGAACAGCAAGUAGUGGCGGUAGUCAAACUGGUGUGGAUUCUUCCAUGGGCCGUAUGCGUGUAGAUUCCUCAGCAUCUUCGAUGUCUCCAUGGCGUCCAUCAACCUCACCCUCCUCCGCUGCUAUGACGCCAGUCACCAACUCGUCGGCCGUGCCAAAUAAUCCAAAAGUGACAGGGCUACAGGGAAGGAUGGGUCCGGGGUCACCAAUUGAGAUGCCAACAGUUCUUCCUGGUUAUCGUGAAUCUAUGCUGGGGUCAGGAGCGCACCAUUGGCGAGAAGAUCAUCGCGAUGAAGGUGUCAAUGGAAAACAAACAACACUCGCAGUCACUGGCGAAAGGCGCUUCAGUCAAUCAAGUCCUAUCACUACCACUCUGCAAGAUCCUCAUUCGAUUAUGAACGACUCAAAACAGCAUCGCCGCAAUAUUCAAAGUAAUCUAAAUCCUGCGCCGCCAUCGCUAACUUCGGAAUCAACGGUACAAUCUAAUAGUUCUACCAACAGUAAUUCCUCUAUAUACGGUGGACCUCGGACACCUUUGGAGCCAGAUUUCAAUCGGGCUCUUCCGAUUCCGCCACUAUAUCCUUCAAGAUCCGGAAACUACGAAGGACAUUUGUCAUUCUUAUCAGCGCCUCCAUCCCUAUCACCUCAGAAUUCGCUUCUUGGUACUCAGCAAUCUCCGAAAGUAGUCAAUCAACCGCAGGAUUUCCCCACCACAAUGCCACCUAUGCGAAGAUUUAGUGAAAUUCCCCAAAGCAUAUCGAGCCCCUUGGGUAGUAGUACCAUCAGCCGAUCCGACGUAGCGAGAACCGAAAAACGGUCAAUUGAUAAUCCGCAUCCUCAGCCAAUCAACAAUUACGGUAUAGCCGGGGAAGAACUCGACCUUGAUCCUAUCAACGCUUUAUUGAGAGCGGGAGAAAUAGUGAAUCGUAACAGCCGUGAGAGACAACUUUGAUCGUUGGUAGAUUUUCAAAAUAUCUCAAAUAGCUUGAAGCUUUUGAUAGAUAUGGAAGAUUGAGAAUCGAUAUGUUUGCAUGAAAUUUUUCUCGGGGGUCUUUUUUGGCGUACGGGAUCUGGGUUUUGAAUGGAGCCUGGAGUCGUUGGGACAUGGAGGAUACGCAUGAUUGCGUUUCAUCAAAGGAACUGUAUGGCAUACCUGUCCUUGUUACUAGACUUGAGACUGUAUUGUAUGAUUUCAAACAUGAUUUUAAAGGUAAAAUGGAUUGAUGGUUGAAUACGGAUGAGUUCUUAAAAAAGAACUUUUCGGGGUAUUUGGUAACGAGGAGAUGAUUGACAGAUUUGGGAUAUAUAUUUUGACUUUUUGGUUGUAAGCGAAAAUGUUCUAUAUCUAGGUGCCGAUCGAUGUACAUAGGGCAUUGGGCCGAUGGAGUGAAGAGGAAACUCUAGGGUCAAGCUAAAGAGGAGGACCAGAAGCGAAGCCGUUUCUUAAUGAUUAUUACAUUAGAUGCGGAGGAUCUUCUACAAUACCAUGCAUGUUGUUUUAUUAUACCGGAUUUUUUUUGGAAUUCAAUACCCUUAUGAUAUUCAAUGUUAUAUUUUAUUCA